AUGGACUCUUCUCCCGACGGAGCUGCAGGUGAAUCCUCAGUGAAACGUAGUAAAAAUACUGAGAAGAGACAGAGGAAGAAAUCUAAUCCUUCUCGCUUUGUGGCUCCAGCGAGCGUUAAUGCCACUAGGAGCACUAAUUCAGUUAAAACUAAAGGCAAUAUCUACUGUAAGAACUUGGCUUGUCAGGCUACAAUGAGACAGGGAGAAUUGUUUUGUAAAAGGUGUUCUUGUUGUAUCUGCUAUAACUAUGAUGAAAACAAAGAUCCUAGUCGCUGGUUAACUUGUAAUUCAGAUCCUCCAUUUGUCGGUGAAUCUUGCGGCUUGUCGUGCCAUCUCGAAUGUUUCAAGAGUGAUAAAUCGGGUCUCAAUGAAGAGACGCCAAUUAAUGAUGCCGAUGGAUGCUUCUACUGCGUUUCUUGUAGCAAAAGAAACAGCUUGCUUGAAUGUUGGAAGCAGCAAUUGAUGAUCGCAAAGGAAACAAGAAAGGUAGACGAACUUUGUUGCCGUCUUGUCUUGGCUCAGAAGCUUCUGAAGGGCACAAAGAAGUACGCAAAACUAGCUGAAACCGUAGAGAAAGCUGUGAAGAGUUUAGAAACUGAACUGUCUGGUCCUCUUUCUGGUCUUCCAUCGGCAAUGUGUAGAGGAAUCGUAAACAGACUUCGCUGCGCAACAGAAGUGAAGGAUCAUUGCUCUUCCGCUUUGAAAUCCCUCGAAGAUACACCGCUUGAUGAUCUCGCACUGCCUUCUAAGAUGCAAGGAUCGCCGAAGAUCAGACUCGAGGAUGUUCUUGUUACAGAGUAUUUCAUCAAUAAAGUCGCUACAAAAUCUCCCCAAGAAGAAGAAGAGGAAGCACCUUUUGUGGAUUGCUUAAGCACAAAAGAAGAAGAAGGGAAACAUUUGGCCAUAAAAGAAGCGGUUCUGGAGAAGGCGGUCAAGGUGGAGAAUUCAGCAAGUUUUCAUUUUGAGUUGGAGCAUUGCGUGAAGAUGAUACGACAUCUUGAAGUUUCAGGUUAUAUUGAGAAGAAUUUCAGACAAAAGUUUCUGACUUGGUACACCUUAAGAGCGACGGCUCAAGAGCAAAAACAGAAUAAUAAUUAA